CUGAAACCGGGACAGUGUGGGAGAAACUGAGACCCUGACACGCGGCUCAACACUAGGCAAGGAAGAAAUGUUUCCAUGAAGACCAACAGGCUUUGGAUGAGUCUGUAAGAACGGGAAAGUUUCACAGUCAGUCCUUGUUUCUAGAUAUUUUAUCAGCACUGAUAAAAAACGUUUACACAGACACAAGAUGCCAUAGCAGUUAUUAAGUCUUUCCUACAAGAGCAAGUAAAGAAUUUCCCAUCCGGGUUAUUUUUUACCCAGGACAUUUUUGAGAAUUGUUUUGUUGUUGGAGAGGAAGGGGGGAUUUGUGUUUUUUUUACCUCCCCUUCCCCGGGGAGGUCUAACAGAUCUUCUAGGGACUUCUUUGCCCAAGCACGCUACGACAGAAUAGACCCUCAUUGUGUUGGUGACUGAGCUGAGCCCUGGACCCUUUGCACGUCUUCUGACUUAAAGACCAUGCUGCACCUAAAGAAAUACUUUACGGAGGGCCUCAUCCAGAUGGCCAUCCUGCUCAGCCUAUGUGGAGUGAGGGUUGAUGUGGGACUGGAGCCCUACCUGCCUCCCUCUUGGCACGAGAUGAUCCUGGGUCCGACCUCUGCGCUGACCCAGACGCAGUUCCACAACCUUCGCAACCGCAUGGAGGAAGCCCACGGCCUGCACCCCAAGAAUGUGGACCUGGAUGGGUUCUUCACGACACGGAGGCUGCUGGGCUGGGUCCGCUCUCUGGACAGACUACAGGUUCCUCAUGCAGAGCUGGAGACGUGGCUGGUCCAGCGGGAGCCAGAUCCUCUCCCUGUGGAAUGUCCAGACCAGCCCCCCCUACGGGAGAGAGCACAUGCUGGGGUAGAGAGAGACCGAACCGCCCCGCCUGUGGAAUCCAGAGCCGGACCUGGUACCCUGCAGGAAGAAGAGGAGGAGGAUAAAGAGGAAGCAGUGCAUCAUGUACUUAAUCCAAGCGGUGCUCUGGAUGAGAGAGUGGAGGAUGAGGAGGACAACGAGGAAGACCUGGUCAGGAUGCAUAGGCAUUACAGGAGAACAGGCGGAAGACCAGGUGGUUCCCACGGCCGUGCUAACAACAGAGAGCUAACUCAGAAUGAAAUAGACCAGACUUCUGUCUCCCUACAGGAUUGUUUAAGACUGUUGGAGGAAACCUUUCCCUUCACAGAAGAACAGUUAUGUGAUGUUGGCGGGGGAGAUCUGGAGCAUCAACCCCAGCCCGUGCUGCCCCCAGUUAUCCCCAAUGGAAACCCUUCAUUGGACCUGGAGCUCCACUGGCAGGACUUGGUGGCUAUCAUGGAGCCGGAGAACAGGGGUGUUGACAUGAUGACUUCAUUUGAUGAUACCCAAAAUUUGCGAGCAACUGGGGCCCUUCAUGGUGUUCCACAGCAAAACUGCAACAACCAUGAUGAUGACGUAGCAGAGGCUGAUCAGGAGGUCCUUCAAAUAGAGACUCCCCGGCAGCAUGGUUUGUUGGGGCCACCAAGACUGUCAGAGGUAGAGCCAACCCAGCUUCCACUCAUCCCCAGUGCAGAGUUGGAUGACUACAGUUCAGCCUUGAACACAAGGGACACUUUGAAAAACUAUAAUGUGAAUCCCUUGCACAGUCCUCCAGACCACAUGGAUCUGCUUGCAGAAGAUCCUUCAGAAGACUUCUGCCUGGGACUAAACACAGAAGAUAACUCGAAUACCUUUGACGUAAAUCUGCUAACACAAGGUCUUGAAGAUCCCAUGGAACGCAGUCUGCAUUCACAGUAUGCUCCCUACCCUGAAAACCCUUUCACCCCAUCUCCGGAGGGAAAUGAUAUGACCCAAGACCUUCUGAUGUCAUCCUCCAGUGUCUUUUUGGUUGAUGAGGAGGAUGUCGAGGAUGAGGAUGAUCUCUUUAGCCCACUGAAUGACCUCUUAGAGGAUGAGAUUAGAUUUUUGGACCUGGCUCUGGAGGAAGGAUUCAGUCCUGUGAUGGCAGCCAGGCUGGAGGAGGAGGGCUACCUUGACUGUAAAACAGCUCAACAGGAAACUGGCAGAGACUCAGACUCUAGAAUGGCAAUCACAGAUGAUCAGGGUCAACCAAGAAGACAUCAGCAAGAUGGUGAGAAUGAAGCAGACUCCGACUCUGGUCUUUCUCUGGAUUUCAGCCACAGCCCUGCUUCUCCAUGUGCUUCCGAGGCCUCCUCUUAUUCCUCUUCCUCUUCCUCUUGUGUGUCAGCUGUGGACAGUCCCUUCUAUGAAGACGAGGAUGCUGAUGAAAGCUUUGUUGGUUCAGAUAUGGAAGUGGAGGUGAAAAUAAAGCAGGAGGAGCUGGAAGAGGAGGAGAUGGGGGCAGUAGGAGGAGAGUACCCUGAAGAUGUUACGAAACCCUUUCCUCCCAACUAUGGGGAUCACAAGCUAUUUAACGGCUUUCCUUGGCUGGAGCAUAUUGGCCACGAUCACACAUACAACCAGCCCUGGUCAUCUGCCUCCUCUCCAUCCCUGGGCAAGCUGCCCACCAAACACACCAAAUCCUCCCUGCGACAUGACACCGCCAAGCCUUACCACCAUUCGUCUUCCAGACACAUCUCCGAGACUAAAAUGUGGAGCCGAGAUCAACGCCGUGCACAAGCCCUGAAAGUCCCUUUCUCCAAUGAGCUGAUUGUUAACCUCCCAGUGGAGGAGUUUAAUGACCUACUGGCCAAUUACCAACUCAAUGAGGAGCAGCUUACCCUCAUCAGGGACAUAAGACGGCGCGGUAAGAACAAGAUAGCCGCCCAGAACUGCAGGAAGAGGAAACUAGACAUGCUGCUGGGACUUAAAGAUAACGUGUCCAGUUUAAAGCGCUACCGUUCACGGCUGCUCCGAGAGAAACGGGAAGCCCUGAGGAAUCUGCUGGAAAUGAAGCGGCAACUGGGCACGUUGUACGAGGAAGUCUUUUCCAGGCUGAGGGAUGAGGAAGGGAGGCCGCUGGAUGCUAUGGAAUACCUGCUUCAUUUUGAGUCUGAUGGUAGUGUCACGGUGGCUUCACGCCAACAAGGGGCAGCGCUGCCAAAACGCAGCAAGAAACAGAGGGACAAGAAGAAGUGAGGAGGCGGACAAGCCAUUACAAAAUGUAAGGAGCGUAAAGAGAACCCUUAACAGGAGUGUGAUCAAAAGCACAAAAGAUGCAGGAAAUACUAUUGCACUGGGGAAUAAAGGAACACAGAAAUUUGUUAUCUGCUGAUCUGGUAAAAGGUACCAUGAACAGAUAUCCCUGACAGUGAUGUUUUUAUUUAAAGAUGUGGUGAAUGCUUGAAUGGACGGAAGAAACUUACCUUUACUCCAGGAUGUGUUGCUCUCCAUUCUUCAUUAUUACAUGUUCUACACUGGAAAAGGACAGGAGCCCAACUCUUGUGAAGCUCAAACAACCUGGGUUCUCAAGCUCAAACAACAAAGCUACUACACAGUGGAAUGAGGAUCUGAGGACCUGGGACCAGCGUUUUGAUAUGCUGGACCAAUGCUUAUGCACACCCCUGCUCCUCUUACAUCAGCACCUCAGAGACUUGGAAAUAUUGAGCUGGACAAGCCAGCAGACUGAUAGCAGGCUGGAUCCUGGCUGGCUGCUAAUAUAUCCAAACAAUUACAGACACUAGAAUGACUGAGCCAAGGAAGGGUUGCUGCUACACAGGAAGGGAAGUUGUGAUCAUGCUGCCUUGAGCUGGUAGAGGUGCAGCAUCUCACACUUUAGCUGGCUAAAGACUUGGGGAUCAAACCUGGGUAUGUUCAGAUGAUUCCCAGAUGAUGUCACCCUGCUGCCAAAUGAAUCAUGCUAUUCACCAAAACACCAAGAAGUGGAGUGGUAGUGCCUAUUUUUUUCUUCGGAACUGAAGCACGAUAGCAAUGGAUUUUACCUGUGCCUCUCUGUGGAAAUCUUGUUUAUUUAAAACAAGAUAGUAGGAAUCUGUGUUCCAAAUGUGGCUAGGGUAGCCACAUCCAUGACAUAAAUUCAAAACCCAGUAUUAGAAACUGUCAUCAGAUAGUUAAUACAUGGGCUAAAACAAAACAGCAAUUGAGUUACAUUGUAAUGCUGUUAAUGUUUUAAGAUUGAUAGGUUAUAAUAUAUGUCAAAUGCCCAAAAUACAAACAAAUCUACCUUUAAUUAAUACAGUAAAAAUGACAGCCUUUGGUAAAUCUGAAUACCAGCAUUUCUAGCUGAGUAGGAUAGAACUCCAGAGAUACUAAUCCAAGUAGGAGUACAAGAAAUUAAACAUGGCAGCAGUUUGACUUCUUGAUGCUUAAUUACAUAUCAACACAUUUGACCUAUAUUUACAGUAUUCUAGAUAAUAGUUGAUAAAGUCUUCUGUUCAAAAGUUUUAGUUUUGAUAAAGCCAUGCAAUUAAUUAUUAACGAUUUUAUUGGCAAAGUCAAUUUAGAAUUUCUCAGGAAUGAGCACAGCCAUGACAUAUUUACUUUGUAAUGUUGUUGGAUUCUUUUUAGACAAGAUACUAACAGAUGUUAGUAUUUCUAUAGUGAAGAAAUGCAGUGGAAUGGUAAAUGGAGUUACUUGUAAAGUUCGUUUCUGGUCUUCCGACCAACACAAAGCACUUUACACUACAUGCCACAUUCACCCAUUCACACACAUACCAUACAAGGCGCCAACUGCACCGAAUGCACAUUUUAACUAUUUCAUUUAUGCAAUGGUAAAAAAAAGGCAAAAUAAAUGGAAACAUUGUGAAUGUGUUAGGAAUUUUUUUUUCAUUAUAUUGGAUUUCGGACAAGAAUUUUCAUUUCUGUUCAUCCCUACCCACUGCUCAUCAGAAAGAAACUAAUCAUUCACACUCACACAAUUUGCCCAAACACACUGUGACAUGCGGACUGGGGGAACCAGGGAUCGAACCACUGCUCCAAUUAGUGGGGGACCUGUUGCUCCAUCCAUCAUCAACCGCUAAUCCUGCGUACAGGGUCGCGGGGGGCUGGAGCCAAUCCCAGCUGACAUCGGGCAAAAGGCGGGGUACACCCUAGACAGGUCGCCAGUACAGCUGCUCCGAUGGCCUCCAUAUAUUUGAAAGAUAAACAGGAUUUUGGUGAAGACCUAAUAUGAACUAUUUACCGUGUAAUAACCUGCAUGCCAACACUACCAUUGACGGAAAGAGCUUUUAUUAGUUGUUAAGUGUCUACAUGUUGUGAUUACCCAAUGUGCUUGCUGGUAUUCAAGGACUUGGGACCUUGUCUUCUCUGUACUUUGGAAAAAAAAUAAAAAGACAAUAAAUAUGGACUAUUUUUGCCUCUA